ACAAGAUUGUGAUUUUGCAGUCCCAAUUUCAGCAAAGUCGGAAGCUUGAAGGAGGAAGUGAAUAUUCGAUGAGCGAGAGUCGACCAGUGCCGAGAAGAGAGAGCCCAUGGGGCACGCCGGAGGGAGACCAUCGUCAACCCAAGGCCCAUCGCUGCAAUGACCGAGCUGAGGACGUCAUCCAAGCUUGUUUUGAGGGAAACCCCUUUAAGACAGUCCCAGGGCCAUUCAAGCUCUUCUAUCAGUGCAUGCGAUCUAAACCUGGGGAGGAACCAACAGAGCCAUAUACAUAUUUGCAGCUGGAUCCUCCAACAAGGGAGGUGAAACUUGAGUGAAGACAUCUUUGCUUGAAAAAUAAUCUCGUGUUUAAUAUUUUUUUUUUUUGUCUCAAAAAUUCCAAACUUGUGUUACAUUUGGCUAAAUAAUAUGAUUGGAUUGUGCUCAAGAUCACAGCUUCUUUGCUUUAAUACAUACUGUUGAACUCAACAGCUUUUUUGAA